CAGCUCCAACCUUUAUCCAACAGAAACAGAAUUGAUGGACAAAACAGAGGUUGGAGUAGAAGAAUCUGGAUUAAAAUGUGAAGAAAAUAAACAAAUGAAGCAACUUUUAACCAGACUUCAUCUUCUGGAAAAGCAGGAACUAAAAAUGAAAACCUCAGAUGUUCUUCAACUAACUUCUCUUUCAUUACAUUGCCAAGAACCGUGUGAAGAAAAAGAUCUGGUUCAAACUUUCCUACAAAGGUUGUUAAUGAUGGAUUACAGAGCAAGAUACAUCACCACCAAAAAAGAAGCCACUGAUUUAGACCCUCCUUCUGCAGAUACAGAUGAAGAAGAAAUUGAUGAACUUGAUGAACUUUUCUGCAAAAAACAUUCAUCCUUUGAUAGUGACAGUGUAAAAAAUCCUACCCAUCCCAUGGAUCUUCAGAUGGCGGUGUUCCACUGCUCAGACAGUUUCCUGAAGCAACUAAUAGUGACUAAACUCUCUCAGUGUCGGUACGCUCUGCCUCUACUGGUGCCAAAUCCAUUUACUGGAAAGAUCGAGUUUCCUCUGUGGACAUUUCAGGAUAUUAUUCAAAGUUGGAAAACCACUGGCACUUCUGGUACCAAGAUCAGUAAAACCCAGCAUGUUUAUGAAGCAGAAACUCCAAUGGUGACGUUCUUCAGGUUAGGAGACGUGUCCUUUUCCAAGUCUCAGCUGAUGAACAGCUUGAUCAAUGAGAAGCAUCAGACGUUCUUCCACAGACACUGUCGUGGCAGCAUUAAAAACAGUCUACUGAUGGAUGGAGUUGUGGAGAUUGCUUGGUACUGUCCAUCUGGAAAGGAAACUGAUCAUUUUACUGACUGUGUUGCUUUCUGUAAUCUACACGGUGAUGCAGAAACCAGUAAAGAACAACUGGAUAUUCUGACUGAAAUGUCGUCUGUAAAUGUUGUUCUUCUAUCUGAUCCUAAAAAUGAAAGAAAUAAGGAGAUGCUACAGAAGCUUGUAAAAAACCCCAAACCACUCAUCUGUCUCCUUUCUGAGGAUCAAUCAGGUGUCAGUAAGAUUAAGACUAGAAUAUACAGAAUUGGUCUGAAAGACAGAAACCAAUCAGAUGUAUCUGAGAACCUCAGAACAACCAUCACAGAGUGUCUGUCCAAGUCAUCUUCUGUUUUUAAACUUGAAAAUCUACACAAAAACAAUGAGAUCAGCACAGAUGAAGAUGAUCCUGAAUGCAGGAAAGGAAAAGAAGCUGCACUAGAGAUAAUAAAACAGCUGGAAGGGAUUGAAAUAUCCACAUUAAAGGAAACACACCUGCCCUGUCAAGGGAAGCUCUGGUAUGAGUGGUGUCAGAUAAACAAAGACUCACAUCGACUUCAAGGAAACAAUUUAGAAAUGCAAAAGAGUGAAAAACAAACACAAAUGAAACAAAUCCGUGAACAGCAACAAGAAAAUGGAGUCUCAGGCUUUAUGAAGAAAUUUAUUUCCUCACUGAAUUAUUUAUCAGGAAAUGAAAAUUUGUUUUUUAUUAAAUGGCUCGAGAUUCUACUGGACAAACAAACCUCAGAUGAUCUUUCAGAUCUUCAUCACAAGUACAAUGAAACAUGGACAAGGGUUUUAGACCUCAAAAAGAAACGUGAUAAAUCAGGAAAGAUAAAGUCUGAGCAAACAGAACUUGAAGAGAUAUCUAAAAAACUAAAUGCAGCAAUAUUUGGUCUGGAACACAUCUUCAGAGAGAUGGGUCAGAUAUAUGAGUCAAAUAUGUCCAUACAAACCAGUAAGAAAACCUUUGAAGAAAGCCUCUCCAAUCUUCCUAAACUUGCUGCAGAACUCAUAAAAUCUGGUCUUCCAAUGGAGCUGAUGGAUGGUGAUGCUGCUCAUGUUCCUCUGAUUUGGGUUUCUGCAGUUCUAGAUGAACUCAUUAAGAAACUGGGAGACCAGAGAGUCUUUGUUCUGUCAGUUCUAGGGAUUCAGAGCUCUGGAAAACCCACCAUGCUGAAUGCCAUGUUUGGACUCCAGUUUGCUGUCAGUGCUGGAAGGUGCACCAGAGGAGCUUUCAUGCAGCUGGUCAGAGUAUCAGAGGAGAUGAAGGAGCAGCUGAAGUUUGACUACGUUCUUAUUGUAGAUACAGAAGGUUUUAGAGCACUUGAGCUUGCAGGAAAAUCCACUCACCGUCAUGACAAUGAACUUGCAACAUUUGUUGUAGGUCUUGGAAAUCUGACUUUGAUCAACAUAUUUGGUGAGAACCCUACUGAGAUGCAGGCGAUUCUUCAGAUUGUUGUUCAGGCCUUGCUGAGAAUGAAGGUCAAACUAAAUCCCAGAUGUAUGUUUGUCCAUCAGAAUGUUGGUGACAUCACAGCUGGAGAGAAGAACAUGGAGGUUAGGAGACAUCUACAGGAAAAACUGGAUAAAAUGACAAAAUUAGCUGCUAUAGAGGAAGACAGUGAAGCUGAGUGCUUCAGUGAUGUUAUUGCUUUCAAUGUACAAGAUGAUGUUCAGUAUUUUGCACAGCUCUGGGAGGGCAGCCCACCAAUGGCUCCACCAAACCCCUCAUACAGUGAAAAUGUUCAGAAGCUAAAGAGAGCUAUUUUCACAAAUGCUACCAAGUCUCAUAGUAUGAAACUCUCAGAGUUUAAAUCCCGCAUCAGUGAUCUGUGGAAGGCUCUACUGAACGAGAACUUUGUUUUUAGCUUCAAAAACACACUGGAGAUUGCAGUCUACAGAAAACUAGAAACUGAGUUUGGAAAAUGGACCUUGUCCCUCAAAAGUGCCAUGUUAGAACACGAAGAAAAACUGCACAGCAAAAUUAAAAAUAGAGAACUACAAAAGAUUGAGAACAAAGACCUUUAUGCUCACAUGAAGACGACCAAAGAAGUAGUGGAGAAAUCAAUGAAAUGUUACUUUGAAAAGGACAAGGACAAAGACAUUUUAAUUCAGUGGAAAGUGAGAUGUGAACAGAGAAUUAAACAACUUCUUGAAGAUCUUGUUAAAAAUGCAAAAACAAACCUGAAUGAUUUUCUUCAACAGCAAAAAGCUCGAGAAACUUUUGAUCACAAAAAGACAGAGUAUGAUGAAAAGCUCUUCAAUAUGAGUAAAGCACUUGCUCUGCAACUAAAAAGCACAGAAACUGAUGAACGAGUCCUCAGACAGGAAUUUGAUAAAGUGUGGAACAAAUGGGUCUCUGAUCUAACACAAGACACACCUGUAGAGAAACCUUUUGAUGUUUGGGAGGAUGUGAUACAGAUUCUAUCUGAAGGUAAUGAACAAGCUGCUGUGUAUGAGCGAAUAUCUCAGGAAGAUUACACAAAGAUACACAGACUGGGAGAUUAUUCAUGUUACAUUUUAAAAACAAUAAAAAUCAUUCCUUUUGAAGACCAGGAGUCAGUGAGGAACCUAAUCAACAAUGUCAUCCAAGAAUCUGAGAAUUUAAUCAAGAAGAUCUGCAGCAAAAUUACAGGACUGGGAUACAAAAAAAGCUACAUUCAGGAAAUAACUGAUGAUGUUAAACACAAAGUUGAGAAAUAUCACAGUGAGAACAAGACAAUAAAGUUAAAGAAGGAAUUCACUCUGGAUCUCUGUCUUUAUGUGUGUAAACUUGCAAAUCCUGAAUUCACCAAGAUCCACCAACAGUUUUUAGAUCAAAAUGAUGUAAGAAAGUAUCUGGAAAAGCAGAAACCACAAUAUUACAGCGUCUUCCAAAACUACUGCAGAGGAGCAACAACCACAACAGUUUUUGGUGAACUUGUCUACAACAAUCUUGUACCAGCCAUCCUGGAAGCAGCCUACAAUAAAACUGCUAUUGAUCUGACAUCACAGAUGAGAUCAGACAUGCCAGAGUUUAAUGGUAACAGGUCACAGCUUGAGAAACACAUCCUGAAAUCUCUGGCAGAGCAGGAGAACUUUGAGAAGUACAUGGAGUACAUCAACCGUCCCAAGAAACACUUUGAACAGUUUAUUACAGAAAAUGUUGAUAAAUACAUCACUGAAAAUAACAGCGAGGUUCUGAAUAUUCUCAAAGGAAAUCUGAAACACAAAGAGCAGAAAGUGAUGAACGCUGUGAACAUCACAACUGAAGAAGUGAAGAACAGCAGUGGUGAUGCAAACAUGUGGCUGAGAAGUUUGAAGAAUUUACUAACAGAUGAGCUGAACUUAAAAGAAAUAACCUGCACUGGUCUGGAGGAAAUUACAGAUUUAGAUUUACUUCAGCAGGUUGUGUGUGAAGGUCUCACAAAAAUGAUGUCAGAACAACAGAAAAGCUUCAGCAGUGUAACAGACAUCAACAUGGAGAAGUUCAGGAAGAAACCAGAUGAGAUUCUGAUUGAACAUCUCUGUAAGUGCUGCUGGGUUCAGUGUCCAUUCUGUAAAGCCAUCUGCACCAACACGAUGGAGGAUCAUGAUGGAGAUCACAGUGUCCCCUUCCACAGAGUAGAUGGAAUCAUAGGAUGGUACUACAGAUACACAACAAAUCUCAGUGCUGAUAUUUGCACAACUUUAGUACAAAGUGAUAAAUAUUUUAACCCCCAUCAUGGUACAGAUGAUUUGGUACCCUGCAAAAAAUACAGAACAGCAGGAGGAGAAUAUGCUAAGUGGAGCAUCACUCCUGAUAAUUCAGAGCUCCCAUACUGGAAGUGGUUUGUGUGCAGAUUCAAAACAGACCUGGAAAAGUACUAUAGCAAAACAUUCCAGGGACACGGAAAAAUUCCCUCUGCAUGGAGAAACUGCACAAAAAAAGAAGCUAUACAGUUUAGAUGAACACAUCUGGGGAAUUACACACACACACAAUAUACACUAUAUUGCCAAAAGUAUUUGCUCGCCUGCCUUCACACGCAUAUGAACUUGAGUUCAUCCUGAAAAACUUACCAUAUAGAAGCACUUUGUAGUUCUACAAUUACUGACUGUAGUCCAUCUGUUUCUCUAAAUACUUUUUAACCUGCUUUCACCCUGUUCUUUAAUGGUCAGGACCCCCACAGGACCACCACAGAGCAGCUAUUAUUUAGGUGGUCGAUCAUUCUCAGCACUGCAGUGACACUGACAUGGUGGUGGUGUGUUAGUGUGUGUUGUGCUGGUAUGGGUGGAUCAGACACAGCAGCGCUGCUGGAGUUUUUAAAUACAGUGUCUACUCACUGUCCACUCUAUUAGACAAUUAGUAUGUAAAGUCAGAGAUGAUCACUCAUCUAUUGCUGCUGUUUCACUCAUCAGUGGUCACAGGACGCUGCCCAUGGGGCACUGUUGGCUGGAUAUUUUUGGUUGGUGGACUGUUCUCAGUCCAGCAGUGACAGUGAGGUGUUUAAAAACUCCAGCAGCACUACUGUUUCUGAUCCACUCAUACCAGCACAACACACACUAACACACCACCACCAUGUCAGCUGAGAAUGAUCCACCAUCUAAAUAAUACCUGCUCUUUGGGGAUCCUGACCAUUUGAAGAACAGGGGGGUAACAAAUCAUGCAGAGAAAUAGAUGGACUACAGACAGUAACUAUAAAACUACAGUGCUUCUACUUACUAGUGCUUCUAGUAAGUGGAGCUGAUAAAAUGGACAGUGAGUGUAGAAACAAGGUGGUGGUUUUAAUGUUAUAGGUAAUUGAUGUAUAUAUACACACAAAAGAUUCAUAGUGAUUACCUAUUAGCAUGAUCAGAUGAGUAAUCAUUUAUAUUUUCAGUGUUUUAUAAAGAGUCAUUUUGAGUUGUCAGGGUUGUGGGAUUUAUAGAUUAGUAGGAUGUGCAUGAAUUUGAUAUUUUUCUUCUUAAUGAAUGUAAUAAUGAUUGUGGUUUUAAAUGUAAGUGCAUAUAACAGUAAA